AACUCAUCAGGGAACACCACCUCCAACUUAACAUCCAUGAGCGUGAGCAUGAUGUCAUCAGCAUCAGCAUCAUCAUCAUCAUCCGCAUCAUCACCACCCUCAACCCCAAGUCGCUACGAGAACCAAAAGCGCAGAGAUUGGAACACAUUCGGUCAGUACCUAAGGAACCACAGGCCCCCACUUUCCCUCUCUCGUUGUAGUGGUGCCCAUGUCCUUGAGUUCCUAAGAUACCUCGACCAGUUCGGGAAAACCAAGGUUCACACGCAUCUUUGUCCCUUCUUUGGACACCCAAACCCACCUGCACCAUGUCCUUGCCCUCUUCGCCAAGCUUGGGGUAGCCUUGAUGCUCUCAUAGGUCGCUUAAGAGCUGCUUUUGAAGAGAAUGGAGGGAAGCCUGAGGCUAACCCUUUUGGUGCUAGAGCUGUGAGACUUUACCUUCGUGAAGUGCGUGAUUCUCAAGCCAAAGCAAGAGGAAUCAGCUACGAGAAAAAGAAGCGCAAGCGUCCCCCUCAGCCUCAGCCUCAGCCACCACCCUCAAAUGGGGACGACUCUGUAGUCCUACGACAAGCAUAA